UUUUAACCAGUAUAAAAUCACAGGUGGAAACAAGAGAUCUGAACGCAUCUCUGGAGGUAAGUUCCACCAUCCCUCAUCGUUGAAUGAUUUUGUUGAUUUUAGAUUAUUCUUUGUUUUACAGGUUUAUCUUGUGGUUACGAAGGAUCCCGGGCCAUAAGCAUGACGUCAGCAGGCGUAGCCUCAACAAUCACGAACAGUAGCAGCAAUGUUUGGUGGAAGAAAAUAUUAUCACUCGUAAAAUGUUGAUCUUGACUGCAGUUACAACAACAGCAGCAUCAGCACCCAUUCGCAUUAAAACCACAAGAAGCGAACGCAGUUUGGUUAGAAGUAGCAGCGGUCAGUUUAGUACUAGUCCACAAAGAAACAUUUUUUUUCUCCCACGGCGGAAGCUCACCAGGCGCGGAAGUGGCUCAGCCAGUUUAUUUCGAUGGCUGCGAUGACCGGAAAAUGCGGAACGGAUUUCCUGAUUCCUACACGCAGCACACGAGGUUUAGCCUAUGGUUGCGAAGGAUCCCGGAUCAUACAUAAGAAAAUGCCAGCAGACUUAGCCACAACAACCACCACCACAUCACCAACAGUAGCAGCAAUGUGUGGUGGAAGGAAAUAUCAUCACUACAUCAAUCGUCCAGUUCCUCAGCCACUAUUGCGACUACAUGCUGAUCCGUCACUGAUCGUAUCACCAUUGCCGCCACCAACAGCAACGGCAGCACCACCAAAUCCAAAAGCAGAUAACCGCAGGAAACGUUUCUUGCAUUACCCCACCUGUUGUAAGUUGUCAUUUUUUCUUCUCCCACGGUGGAAGUGGCUCAGUAAUCGGAUACGCGAAAAAAAGUGUACUGGUUCAUAG